AUGAAAGCGUCCCUCCCACUCGAUAAAUUGCAGCGCAUUCGCGAGAUUUCAAGAACAUACAGUGACGUAAAUAAUUUCACUAAGCAGCAGCUGCUCUCUCUCCUCGGUCACCUUAAUUUCGCGAUGCGCGUUAUUCCGCAGGGACGCUCCUUCAUCUCCCGGCUUUUGGACACAGCUUCCUCCGUCCCCAAUCUGCAUGACAAAAUAUCGCUGGAUGAAGGGUGCCGAUCCGACCUGCGCUUCUGGUCUCAUCUGCUCGACCACUGGAACGGUGUAACAUUCUUCCAUGAUGAUCUGGUUAAUUCAUCUGAUUCACUGCAGUUAUUCACUGAUGCCGCCCCAUCCGUGGGUUUUGGGGGUUUCUAUCAAGGACAGUGGUUCGCGAGGCGCUGGCCUCCUUCCUUCCCAAGUCACAACCUAUCGUUUGCAUUAUUCGAAAUUUAUCCAAUCGCCGCAGCAUGUCACAUCUGGGGAAAACACUGGGAACGAAAACGCAUAUCUGUCCUCUGUGACAACCAAGCCGUCGUUAUCAUUAACAAAGGGCGCUCCUCAUGUACGAAUAUCAUGCCGUUUGUGAGAAGCAUUACAUGGUCUUCCAUCACUUACAAUUUCAAAAUCACAGCACGUCACGUACCCGGACAUCACAACACCUUAGCUGAUUCUCUCUCCCGGUUUUAUUUCCAGACAUUUCGUCGCAUUUGUCCAGAGGCCUGCUCCAGUCCGGCUCAAGUUCCUCCCCUCCACGUUCUCGCUCUUUAUUAA